AGUUGGAGACCACCUCCAAACCCACCACAACAGCGCAGCUACCGGUCCUACUGCACCUCCUCCUCCAGCACCUCCACCUCAGGCACCUCCAGCACCUCCGCCUCCAGCACCUCCGCCUCCAGCACCUCCGCCUCCAGCACCUCCGCCUCCAGCACCUCCGCCUGUGACUGUGCAGACCUGAGGAGGACAGCACAGACUGCACGUGGCUUCACUGGACUCAAUACGCACGUGUUGUUGGGGACACCAGCAGGACUGUCCGGAGAGGAAGCCGCGGGGACAUUUGGGGACAUUUAGCGCCGAUGCUGCCUCCAGCAUGCAGGUGGUAACAUGCGCGCUGUUUGCGCUGGUCAGUGCGCGUGUCGGCGCGGAGUCCUGCCCCGCAGUGUGCGAGUGCUCCGAGUGGGACACGCACACCAUCUCGUGCUUUGACAUCGGGACUCUGCCCAGGUUCCCUGCAGGCACGGAGACACUAUGGCUCUUCGAGACCCAUCUGCCAUCGGUGCCAACAGACGCCUUCGCCAACAUGCUCAACAUUUCCAGGAUAUAUAUGUCGGUGGACGUGGUGUUGCAGAGGCUGGAGAGGCACUCGUUCCACAGCCUGAAGAAAAUCACCCACAUAGAGAUACGCAACGCAAAAAGUCUGACCUACAUUGACCCAGAAGCCUUUAAAAAUCUCCCAAACCUCAAAUACUUGGGACUCUUCAAUACGGGCCUCACCAUAUUCCCUGACCUGAGCAACAUCCACUCCAAUGACAUGAACUUCAUACUGGAGGUUGUGGAUCAUCCCUUCAUCACCGAGAUCCCAGCCAACUCAUUCUGCGGCAUCACCAGCGACGUGCUGACAGUGAUGCUGUACGGAAAUGGCUUCAGAGAAAUACAACAUCAUGCGUUCAACGGAACCAAGCUGGAUCAAGUGGACCUUCACAGAAAUAGGUAUUUAACCAAGGUGGACGAAAAGGCUUUUGCGGGAACCAUCAGUGGCCCCAUGCUUCUAGACGUGUCCCUGACAGGGAUCACCUCCCUGCCGACCACAGGUGUGGAUUCUCUGCGGGAGCUGAAGGCGCGCGAUGCCUGGGCCCUCAAGAAACUGCCACCCAUCAAGACCUUUAAGCACCUCACCACCGCCAACCUCACCUACCCCAGCCACUGCUGCGGCUUCAAAGACCUAAAAAAAAAACGAGGCUUUUUGGAGUACCUCAUCUGUAACCUGACCGCCUUCUACGACCAGCAUCAAAAGCGCUCUGUCAGGCCCCCUGGCACGCCUUCCCUCCAGGCGGACGUUGGGGAGGAAACGAUCCCAGACCAGGAUCCAAUUGACGGGAGCUACAGAGAUUCCCAAGACUGGAGAAGAGGUGACUUCCACGGAAGCCUCCACUACCACGCCUAUUUUGGGGGCCAGCCAGAUGAGCAUGUGGGCUUCGGCGAGACUCUCAAGAACCCCCAGGAGGACACCGGCCAAGACUUUAACAGUCGUUACGAUUAUGUGGUGUGUGAGGAGGCAGAAGAGGUGGCAUGUGCACCGGUGCCUGAUGAGUUCAACCCUUGUGAGGACAUAAUGGGCUUUGGCUUCCUGCGAGUGUCCGUGUGGUUUGUGAGUCUGCUGGCUGUUGUGGGAAACGUGGUGGUGCUCCUGGUGCUGCUCACCAGCCACUACAAGCUCUCCGUCUCCCGCUUCCUCAUGUGUCACCUGGCCUUUGCAGACCUGUGCAUGGGGAUUUAUCUGCUGCUCAUCGCCUCCGUGGACCUCCACACGCGGGCAGAGUACUUCAACCACGCCAUAGACUGGCAGACGGGCCCCGGCUGUGGACUUGCAGGUUUUUUAACAGUCUUCGCAAGCGAGCUGUCUGUCUACACCUUGACAGUGAUCACUCUGGAGAGGUGGUACGCUAUCACCUAUGCCAUGCGGCUGGAUCGUAAGCUGCGUCUGCAUCACGCAGCAGCCGUGAUGCUGGUCGGCUGGGUCUUGUGCUUCCUACUGGCCCUGCUCCCACUAUUUGGGGUGAGCAGUUACCAGAGGGUCAGCAUCUGUCUCCCAAUGGACACCCAGUCCACAAUGGCUAAGGUCUACAUCUUGUCAGUGCUGGUCCUCAACAUCCUGGCCUUUCUUGUUAUAUGUGCUUGCUAUUUCAAGAUCUACUGCGCAGUGCACAACCCUCACUACCGUUCUGGAUCCAAGGAUACCAACAUCGCCAAGCGCAUGGCUGUCCUCAUCUUUACUGACUUCUUGUGCAUGGCGCCAAUCUCCUUCUACGCCAUGUCUGCCGCACUGGACCGGCCUCUCAUCACAGUCUCCAACUCCAAGAUUUUACUGGUGCUCUUCUACCCGCUUAAUUCCUGUGCCAACCCAUUCCUCUACGCCAUCUUCACGAAAGCCUUCAGGGGCGAUAUAUUCAUCCUCCUCAGCAAGGUGGGUCUUUGUCAGCAGCGAGCGCAGCUGUUUAGAGGCCAGACGGUCUCGUCAAAGGGCAGCAGCGGGACAUGUCAGAACCGCAAGGACAAGGAUAAGUUUAAGACAGUCGGAAACGGAGGGCAGGGCAUCGACUUGAAGAAGUGCCCCGGACAAACCGACCGCGCGGUCCACAAGCGGACUAGUCCUGAAGAGAGCCAGAGCCUGAACACGUGAGCCAAACCCUUGCCGACCCCAACCCUGGAGAAGGGGCAGGUUCCGGUGGGGAAGGCCAGGCCAUUGGCUGUGUUUGGAUAUUUAACAGAAAGAUCCAGUAUUCUGUAUCUGCUUCAGUUUGCAGGCCAAGUUCAUCUGUUUUCACAAUUUCAGCUGUGAUUUUAUGGUUCCAGUGGAUGGAGAAUGUCGAGUAUCCAUGAAACGUGAGCCCAACUUUAUCUCACUUAUAGCCCUUUGAACUCAAACAUACAUUCUGUGUAUAAAACAUAAUACAAUCUUUUGUCGGUUUAUUGAAUUUGGUUGAGAUUUGGUUUAAUUUCAGGUUAUGCCAGCAAAGUCAGGCAUUGAGGAAAUAUAACAGAUUUUAAAUAAACACUUAAUUUUCCUGUAAUAAAAUAACCUUCCUGAGGCGCCCUAUUCAUUCCAGGACAGCCUGCUGGCUCAGUGCUGUUCACAGUGCCAACUUCAUCCAGAAAAUGCAUUUCUCGUUCACAUGAAUACCUAGUUAUAUAUAAUCUAUGUACACAAUAGUGUUAGGACAUUUAUGGAAUGAAACAGGGCACGUUGUUGGUGUUAAUUCUGUCUUUUAACCAGGAAACUGGAUAGUAAAUAUACACAGUCGUCUUAGUGAGGAUGGAAACUCUGAAAUAUUUCUCUCAUUUAGCUUUUACCUGCACCAAAUGCUAUAUAUUUUUGUCUGCCUUUUAGAUGAGUAUAAAAUAUUUGUAUACUUG